AUACGUGUUUUUAUAAAAGAGUUCGCGUAUGAGUACCGAAGAAACAUAAAGCCAGCCAUUAUCUGCGAAUAAAAUAUAUGAAGCUUUUAAAUUACUGGCGGUAAAAUUCAGCUGUACAAGCAUGGCGAAGACAAUAACUAAUGGGGUCUUAUCAAAACCAGGAGCGUCAAGCACUCAUUACAUGGCCACUGUGCCCAAUACAAAAACGCACCCUGGAUACUUCUCAGAUCCAGACAUGGAAACUGACUUCCGGAAGGAUACGGACUGGUUCAACUCAUACAUAUCACAUCUGAGAAAACGAAGGAGGAAGACUCUGAAGGGAGCUCGAGUUUCAUUGGACGAUGAGAGUGGCGACGACGAUGACGUAAUCAAUUGGGGAAGGGCUACAUCGGCAGCUGAUAAAUUGAAACGGAAAACAUACUAUGAAAAACAACAGGACAAGAAAUCUAAGAGCAGGAUAAUGAACGAGGCGCCCGAGACAUACUGGACUAACUUCCGACGAUACGACUCCAAAGCCGAAGCGAACCCGAGUCCGAACGAGAGGAGAAUAGUUGAACUGGGAGCGAAACGAAUGAGCGACGAGCGAGAGAGGGCGGAGGCGAGGAGGACAACCCACUCGCACAAGGAUCUGUUUGGAGCCGAUGAUUACUACAGAAGUGGAAGGGAUGUGCUGUACCGAAUCUGGCAGGAGCGAGAAAACUUAAAGGAGCGCGAUAAACAGCUAAAGCAUGUUUUGGGAUACGAAGAUCACGAGAUGGAACUAGGAGCUCCUCGGCUGGUGCACGACUCACGAGAGACGACUAUGCGCUACACGACUCCAAUUCACAACCCCAACUCACAACAACUAGUCCGAACUAUCAUCUCCGAACCUGGACGAACUGCCAACACGUCGAUACAUCCAAGCACAAAAGCCAACGAGACUGAAGUGAACAAGAAUAUCACAAAAUAUUCGACAGGUACGGGACUCGAUCUCACGCGCGUGACGUCACAGAGACCAGCUACAGAGCAGAGGAGCUUAGCUCCCAGUCAACGGCCCUUCGAUGUGCCCAACAUUGACGAGUACGAAGACAGAGAGAACUUUGGACAGAGCACCAUGCUCAAACAGAAGGUGGACUCACAACAAAGAAAAAUGGACAAUUUAUACGACACGAUAAGAUCCCUAGAGCGUGAAAAAUUAACUCAAGAGUCAGCUCUGAAAGACAUGCGUGAAGACAUGCGCUCAAUCCGUGACCAAAUGGAGUUCUCAUCUACAGGAGCAGGACGGCAGAACAGCUCGGAAGGAGCUGCCGCCCAAAUGGCUAACAGACAGCUCGACAUGUUUAAAAAUGAGUUCAUGGAGCAGUUUGCCAAAAUGCAACAGCAAAUUAACGGAUUGAGCAGCCAUCAGAGCAAGAGCAUGAAAAACGAAGACCUCAUUUCCUCUUUGGUUUCUGACAUCGGAGACAUCAAGAAACUGUUCCGCGAGGAGAUCUCCACACUUAGAAUGGACAUGGAAGACAUAAAGAGUCAGAACAAGAGAAUGACGUCAGCAUUCGAGAGUAGUUCGAACCAGAUGAGGGACAUGCAAAGAAAACUGCACCAAGUGGACAAAAAAUGCGAAGAUGUGACCCAAAAGAACAGCCGAUUAAUGCGCGAGUCUUUGGCUGGGGGUGGCGAUGAAGGCGGCGGGAACAAGUUCAGUACUUCAGUACCGCGGGGACAGGACCCAAACGUGUCUGGAGCAUCGAACUUUGAAAUAAACGAGCUUAAACAAGCAUUGUCUAACUUGGACAAUAGAAUACUGCACAUGGAAUCGACUAAGUCAUAUCAUCAAACGAGUGGACAUUUCCGAGACAUCCCAGAGGAAGGUCGUCUGAUGGCAGGAAAAGAACACGGGUUCACAAUGGGCUCAAAUAGCACGCGAGAGACGAGAAUAAGGGAUGAUGAAAGCGAUUCUGGGGACCGGGGGAAGUUUUCGGUCACUGAUGAAAGUAGCGAGACAGGGGAAGAAAGGGGCGGCAGGGUGUCUACGUUUGACAAUAGAUGGUCCAAACUGCCCUUGACCGAGGAUGUUGACCUUGACCUAAUGUCCUCUAAGUAUAUGUUCCCACUUCACUCAGCGGGGCGGGAGGAGGGGACAGAAAUGAGUGUCAACAGAGGCCGACAGAGUUCAACCAGCCGAGUCAGCGGACUGGGCUCCGCGGAAGACCUGUUGCUUCUGACGGAGGAAAUGGAGGGUGAAAAUGAGUUGAUGGGCGGAGAGGGAGGGGCGGAAACAGAGGACUUGACUGUAUCAGGAGCCGCCAGUCUGGACGAUUUGUCUACUUUUUAACCCCUCAGAGCAAUAAUAAGAGACAAUAAGAGACUGGCGAACACAGAUUAGAGAAGCGAGACAAAAUUUCAAUUAACAAUAACUCUGAUUCCUAAUAAAGUGAAAAUUGGUCAUAACUAAUCAAUCAACUGUUUACGUCACGUGUUAUUUGAUAAAAAUUGCAUAAAAAAUUUGAUGAUGUCCACUUUUAUUCGGCGCAGUCAAUUCAGAGUAAUAAACGUUUAA